GGCUCAAGCUUGGUACAAUGCAAGAUGAGACCCCUCGAUAGUAGCUCAUGCCGCCCAAACAUGGCAGCAAAGAAAGUGAGCCGAUCAAGAAGUGGGUCCCGGUCUCGCGACCUCCGCCUGAGAAGGAGGUGGAGACCCAGGACAUCAAGAAGGAAGCGCCAAAGGUGCGGGAGACAGGAAAGAAUAGAAGGAGAAAGCCUGCCUCAGUACAGCCGGAGCCAGAGAUCCCGGAGAUCCCGGAGCCGAAGCGGAGAAGUCGGAAGCCGAAGCCCAAGGCGAAGCCGCUCGAGCCCAAGCCCGAGCCAGAGCUCGAGCCCAAGCCCGAGCCCGCCUCGCCGGAGCCAAAGACUCAGCCAAAGGCGAAACCCGCGGCCAAAAAGAAGCGGCGAGGAUCGGCUAAAGCUGACGCGCCUGUGGCAGAGGAGCCCAAAGUGCCAGAAGCAGUGCCGCCCGUGGUGAAGGAGGAGGACACCGAGUCCUCCCGCUCCGAGCGCAUCCACGGGUCCGAUCGCCCGAGGACCCAAUCACCCAAUCCCCGAUCGGAUCCUUCGGAGCGGCAAGAACAGCCGAAAGGCACAGACGGGCCCGCGCGCGGCCUCUCCGAGGUUGAGAGCUGCGAUGACCUGGACUUGCAGGUGGAGGAGAUCGCCGAGCGACUGCUGCGGAACCUCUACUCCGAGAAGCUGGGCAUCCAGGAGUUGAUUUCCCUGAUGCGCCACUUCCAGUGGUCCAAGGACAAGAACCAGUGCCGCAUCCACCAGCUGCUGAUCUCCAUCCUGCUGGACGACUUCCAGUCCUUCCCCGCGUGGCCGGAGAAGGAGCUGAUGCUGACUGGCGAAUUCCUGGGCCAGCUCAUCCGCUCGCGGCCCAGAUCUC